UGAAUACAACGUACUGAGGUCAAAUGUUUAUUUAUUAAAUCUCGGCAACUUGGAGUAAGCGUAAAGAGGACAUUGAUUUUUUUCUUCCAUAUUCUCAGCUCUUCGGAGAAGUGCCGGAAAUUCCCGAUUACGUUCGUCCUUGACUUUUUGAAGUGUUGUGUUGAUAAAAUUUAGACGAUGACAGGGGUAUACCGUUUUGCUCGUACGUAUGUGGGGCCCGUGAGGGGCGUGAUUCUGGACUGGAGCGGAACCACGGCGGACAAGUACGUCCUGGCUCCGGCGGUCGUCUUCUGCGAGGUGUUCCAGAAACACAAGGUCCCCAUCUCUAUGCAAGAGGCCAGGAAACCUAUGGGACUACGGAAGGACCUGCACAUCAAGUCAAUCACAGAGGAUCCGGAGGUUAGAGCAAGAUGGACGAAGGUUUACGGAAAGGAGCCGAACCAAGGCGACGUUGACAACAUGUUUAAGGACUUCGUGCCGAUGCAGUUGGCCUGCCUCCGGACAUAUACGGACCUGAUUCCGGGAACGGCCGAUGCGGUCAACACGCUUAAAAAGGAAUUCAAAUGUAAAAUCGGUAGCACCACGGGGUUUCUGCGUUCCAUGGUCGAUGUUCUGGUAGAAGAUGCCAACAAGCAAGGAUAUUACCCGGAUGUCACUGUUGCUGGGGACGAAGUAGCCCAUGGCGCCAGACCAAAGCCAUUCAUGGUUUACAAGAACAUGGACCUGCUGGACAUUCACCCUAUACAGUCCGUCGUUAAGGUAGACGAUACUAUAAGCGGGGUAGGUGAGGCGCUGGAGGCCGGCUGCUGGGGGGUAGGCGUGGCUCAAUACAGCAACUACAUGGGCGUCGACAGCCUGGAGGAGGCAGAGAAACUGACCGAAGAAGACGAGGCGAUUCGUUGUCAAAAGAGCAGCGAAAUGCUCCGACAAACAGGUGCACAUUACGUCAUAGACAGCAUCAAAGACCUUCCAGAAGUAGUUGAAGACAUCAACAGGAGACUGGCUCAAGGAGAGAGACCAUAAACAUUCUACUGGAUAAUGUUUUACGUUGUUUCUUUAUUGUUGAUACAAGAGACAGUGAAAUUUAUCUAAUAUGAUUACGUCAUUACAACCUGGUAUCAUUAAACAACUUAAUAGACAAUC